AAUCCAAUCAUGCGCUUCUGUGACUGUCCCUGCCACCACAAAUGAAUCACAUGAUUAUUUUUUGCCUACCACGCCCAUCCAAAUCAGCCCUGCAUCUUUUCUCUAUUGUUCGGCAGGUAGUAGGCACAGUGUCGAACCGCUCGAGAUGCGUUAUCAUCAUUAUUCCUUUGCUCUAAAUUCGAGUACAGUUUCGGCUUGCGAUUUGACUGCGAUCGGUACCCAUUUUAGGUAUUAUAGUGUGGGUAAACGGCUCGUUCGAGUAAUGGUAUAAAAUCUGAUCCACCAUGCUGUGGGUUCGACAGUAUUUCUGUAGCCAGAUCUACAAGCAAUCCAUAUUUGACCAACAACAUUGAAGUUGGAUUGUGCCGUUUGUGAUCUACAAAGUGUUUUCAUUCGUUUGUGAUUUUGAAUCGAAUUGCAAAAGUAUUCAACAACAGAUAAAUAUGCUGCAAUCUUUAGAGCAUAGUGAUUCAUUCGUAGCCCAUGGCGAUCACCGCGUCAUCCCCCGAGUGGAUGUCGUCUAUUUGACCUACAACGCCAAGUUGUCCCAUCCAACAAUUUCGCUAGACAGCGUCUGUACUAUUAGUUUAUACGAGUUGAAGAAGGAUCGACUGGCGAAAAAGAAUUGCCGCCUUUCGAUGAGCGUUGAUGCAUACAAACAUUACAUUUGGUACAACACGGUUCUCUCGAACCAGCUCAAGCAAAGCGGUGGGCCAAUGCUUUUACGCACGUUCCACUGGUACAUCGAAACCCCGAAUGUGGACGCUUUCCUAGUCGAAGGAGAACAGUACGAAGCCGUUUCGCUGAUCAUGGAAGCGGACGUGGAGCAUUGGUACUGCGCCCGGCCCGGGUGGAACGUUUCCGGAAGCCGUGUCCGGCUGAGGAACAACAAGUGGGAGCAUGACAACGCCGAAAAGGCUAAGGCCCGGAUAGCGGACUGCCUGGUCGCGGCGAGUCCACCACCGAAAGUUAGGAACCAGAACCGACGGGAUUUCCAAAAGCGGAUACCUCUGUGUACGAUCAACGAAGAGUUGUGAUAUUGACUAGCUGUCUUGGAUUUUUCUGCUUUGUAGACUUUCUUUUACAUUCAGCUCAUCAAGACAGUGUAACAGUUCUCUUCUCUGUUCAGUCAUUCUACGACAUUUCUGAAUAUAUUGGUGUUUUCGAUAUUCUUAUACGCUUUUCUUUCAAAUAAAUAGCUUGUUUUAAAACAA